AUGACAACUUUUCUGUUGAUAUUAUUUUGCUUGAAAGUGGUAGCUGCUAAUCGAACAUAUUUCUACGUGGAUGAAGUUCGAAGUCUAAGUGAAUUACCAAUGAGUGAAUUGAUUCAUAUAAAGUCCUCUAUCGUGGAUGAAGAAGACGUUACACAAGAAGAUGAACAAGCUGAAGAGAUAUCUGGUAGAGCAUUUUCACUGUCGCUACCUAUGGCACAACCCUUGAAAAGGAGCAACAAAAGGCCGAUAAGAAGACACGGUGAGCAUUACGACGAGAAAGGGAAAGACACGAAAAUCUCGAAGAUCUUCCAGUUAUCAGUCACAGCUCUCUCUUUCCUGGCAUUCGGCGGUUAUCUACUCACACUCAUAAUAACAGCGAUCCGUCAAAACGCGAAUAACAAUGGGAAUGGAAACGUUAUAGUGCUCUCGAACUUACAGAGUCUGCAGAGCUAUAAUCGUCCAAAACGAAACGUCUUAAUCAUUGAUCCAGCUGCGAACGACUUCGAGAUCGAGAAGUUGUACCAGGGAAUGAUCUUUCUCUCGAAAUCUUACGCAACGUACAAUUAA